AAUGCAGUGCCAGGAUGGCCACAACCACACCGUGACCACGGCCACCACCGUGGCUGGCCCCUCUGCCCCUUUCACCGCUCACAGAGCAGGGGUCCCUGCCUGCUGUGGAGAUGACCACAGGGGGACAGAAGGCCAUAGAGCAGGGGACAGGGGCCAUGGGGACAGAAGGACAAGCCCCAGCUCAGGCUGGGCAGGUGGAGGGCUGUGGAAGGAGGGGUCUGGGGGGAUGCCAGAGCAUCUGCAGCGAGGAGGGGGAUGCUGCUGCCCAGAGAUGAGCCCCUCCUUGGAGAGGCGGCGCCUGCGCGGGGUGACAUCAGCCCCUGAGGACCCGAGAUGCUGAGCCUGGCUCUGGGAAGGCGGCUCCUGCCACCGCUUCCAGUUCCGCAUCCCGGCAGGAUAGGGAGGGGAGAGGGAACCGGCAGCCCAGCCCUGCGACUGGACCCUGGGCCAGCUCCAUCCCCCCUCUGGCUACCUCAGGUCCCCCCCCAAGGAGCGUGGUGGCCCUACCCGGGUGCUCCUGGCGGGCGGGUGACCGAGGAUGCUGUGGUAGCAGAUGCCGAUGGUGCUCACCCUGCUCGUCUCCCUCUAUAAACUCUGCCGGUUCUUCGCCAUGGCGGGUGCAGAGAGGCUGGUGGUGCCGGAGUGUGUGAGCCAGGCAGGGAGCUGGGCAGGCGGGGGCAGCUCCAGGGAGCACCAGAAGGUCUCCCCCGGGGUGAACAUGGAUGUGAGGGCAGCCCUGGACCGGAUUCUGCCCGCCCUGCACCGGACCAUCGCCCGUGCCAAGCAGGCAUCCAGCCCGGUGGAGCUGAGGAAGGCCAUCACUGAGAUCUUCCAGCUGGUGGAGGAAGCCUGGGGGAUGCCCACGGUGGGGAGGGACGUGGCCAAAGUGCUGUGCGACGUGAUCCGCCUGGAGGGGGGCCUGGACCUACUGCUGAACCUGCUGUACACAGCGGAGCUGGAGACCAAGUGUCAGGCAGGAAAACUCCUGGAGCAGAUCCUGGUGGCAGAAAACAGGGACCGCAUCGCUCGGAUCGGGCUGGGAGUGAUCCUGAACUUAGCCAAGGAGCGGGACGUCCCCCAGCUGGCGCAGAGCGUCUCCGGUAUCCUGGAGCACAUGUUCAAACACACCGAGGAGACCUGUUUCCAGCUCAUCUCUGAUGGAGGCCUGGAUGCUAUCCUCUACUGGUGCCGCUGGACAGACCCCAUCGUGCUGCGGCACUGCGCCAUGGCCUUAGCCAACUGUGCCAUGUACGGCGGGCAGGCCAACCAGCGCCUGAUGAUCGAGAAGAGGACAGCAGAGUGGCUUUUCCCCCUGGUGUUCUCAAGGGACGAUGAACUAAUCCGCCUGCACGCGUGCCUGGCCAUCACGGUGCUGGCCACCAACAAGGAAAUCGAGAAGGAGGUGGAGCGCUCGGGGACGCUGGCUCUGGUGGAGCCGUUCAUCGCCUCGUUGGACCCGGAGCGGUUCGCCUGUGAGAUGCUGGGCAGCAGUGACAACAUCCAAGGGAGGACGGCGGAGGACCUGCAGCGGCUGGUACCUUUGUUGGACAGCUCGAGGCUGGAAGCGCAGUGCAUCGCCGCCUUCUACCUCUGCACGGAGGCUGCCAUCAAAACCAGGCAGAAGAAAACAAAGAUUUUCAGUGAGAUUGGGGCCACGCAGAGCCUGAAGAGAGUUGUGUGUUACUCUACCAGCAGCACCACCUCCUCCCUGGCCAAAAAGGUGCUGCGCAUGAUAGGGGAGGAAGUUCCUCGGCGCAUCCUACCCACCGUUCCCAACUGGAAGCCCUGUGAGGUGCAGACGUGGCUGCAGCAGAUCGGAUUCAACAAAUACUGCCAGAGCUUCCUGGACCACCAGGUAGAUGGAGACAUUCUCCUGAGACUGACAGAGGAGGAGCUGCAGGAGGAUUUGGGGAUGGAAUCCAGCAUCACUCGGAAGAGGUUUUUCCGGGAGCUGACGGAGCUGAAGACCUUCGCAAACUACUCCACCUGCGACCGCAGCAACCUGGCCGACUGGCUGGGCAGCAUCGACCCCAAGUUCCGGCAGUACACCUACAACCUGCUGACGUGCGGCAUCAACCGCAACUUCUUGCACCGGGUGACGGAGCAGCAGCUGCAGGAGGACUGCCACAUCCACACGGGCUUCCACCGCGUCCGCAUCCUCACCGCUGCAAGGGGUGAGGGUCCUCUGCUGCUGCUGCUCGUUGCGCUGGAGCCGGCGAGCUGGGGCGAGUACGGAGGGUUGUUUGGGAUGAGUUGUUGGGUCCUUCUAACUUUUGGUUGCUGUUUGCUCUGCCUAGAAAUGCUUCACUCCCCUAUAACGCUGCAAACUGCAUCCAACGGGACUGAUGUGUUUAUCAGCUACCGGAGGAGCACUGGGUCGCAGCUGGCCAGCCUGCUGAAGGUCCACCUGCAGCUGCACGGCUUCAGCGUGUUCAUCGAUGUGGAGAAGCUGGAGGCAGGGAAGUUUGAGGACAAGCUGAUCCAGAGCGUCAUGAGUGCCCGCAAUUUCGUGCUGGUCCUCUCGCCAAACGCGCUGGAUAAAUGCAUGGGAGACCCCGAGUGCAAGGAUUGGGUGCACAAGGAGAUUGUGACAGCCCUGAACUCUGGAAAGAACAUUGUGCCUGUUACAGACCAUUUUGAGUGGCCAGACCCAGAAACACUUCCCAAGGACAUGAGGGCUGUCCUGAAAUUUAAUGGUAUCAAGUGGUCCCACGAGUACCAGGAGGCCACAAUCGACAAAAUCAUCCGCUUUCUCCAGGGCCGUUCCUCCCGGGACUCCUCAGCUGGGUCGGAGAAUGGCCUGGACUGCUUGCCCUCCUUGGGGCAGCCCUAGAACCAGCACCUCAUCUCCUCCAGAGACUUCCCAGGUGACUUGUGGGCCCAAAAUUUUCCCUUUAGAAUUUUUCCCCCAUCUUAGUACCUUGGCUUGAGAUGAGGCCUUGGCUCAUUAGCCCCCCUUCACCCUCCAAAUGCAAGCUAAAAGGCCAGUACUCACUUGUAUGGUGCCUGGCAAGCCAAGCCAGGGUGGACUCUGGGAUGGACAAGUUGUCUUCCACAUCUUCCCCCGGCAUGGCAGGACAUGCAGGCUACACCUUCUGCAAUGCAAGGGGUGUGAGGGAGACCAAAACUGUCCAGACCCCUGCAAAAAUGGCUGCAGCUUCCCCCAGAAUCAUCUCCGAAGAGGAAGGAUCUUCUGAAGACCACAAGCUGGGGGAGUGGUGAGGGGUACAUCGCAAGAGGACACGUGAGGGAGAAGAGCAGCUGAGAGGGAACGGUCCAUAAGGAUGGUAUGGCCUCUGCUGGGUGCCAUGGGAAUAUCGUUGCGGUCAGAAGCUGAGAGCAGGAAAGCGCAAACAAAAGCUAAGCUCUAACGAAACCCCCGUGUUUGGGAAAGAUAACACACAGAAGCUUCUAAACGGCUCAGCAGAAGCUUUCUCUUUCCCAGUAACCUCCCUUUAUCUCGAGCUCGCUUCCUCUUUGAGGGCCUUUAACUUCCUAAUGCUGCAAAACCACUUUGUGCUCUUAACUCUGGUGAUAGAAGUUUGGGUUUAGAUCACGUAAAGUUUCAGCAGGGUCUUUGCGAGAAUUGCUUUUAAAACAAUGUCCUUCCCUGUAUCUGAUGUCUCAGCUUUGCCACUUUAUCAGCUCUAGACUUAUAGGGCACAGGAAGCUGGACUGUGACUCUGGAGAACACAUAUCCAUGCAGACCUGGAAGAUGUUAAUUGCUGUAUUGUACUUGUGGAGUUAUCACACACUGACUGUAUUUUAUUCUGUUGUUGGUGCUCCACAGCAGAGCCGUGGUCUGUUCCGUAGUAUCUCACUGCUGACAGCCCUGGCUGAGCUCCUCGGGCUCAGGGUUGUCCCUCCUCUCUGCUGGGUGCAACACCAAGUGGCAUUUGGUUCUUUCUACCAACCUCUUCUCAACGCUCACCAGGUCUUUUUGCACCUACUCACCUCGAAAUACCAGGAAGGAGUUAAGUCGAUGCAAAGGGCAGGCGGAGGCUGCCAGAUGUGAGCAGGACCAGCAGGUCCUGCUGCUGACCCUGCAGGUGAGGAACCUUGGGCACCCGGACACACCUCCCCUCGAUUCUGCACUCCCAGCCUUUUCCUGCAUCUCUCACCUGCUCGGAGGGUGAGCAGGCUCUUAACAACUUGCUGUUUUGCAAUUAGGACCAGAAAUUGCAGCUCCUACCUCAGCUUGAAUUUUUUGAUGCAAAGCAAAGUGAAUAAUGCAAAAAGACAUCCUUGUUCAGAGGACACACAGGAGGAAGAGCAAGCCAUGCCUGGGAAACACCAGCCUGCCCUGACGGCCGGGAAACCAGGCUGAUGCACCAUGCUUCAGAAGAAGCAAGGUCCUUUGCCUGUCCCUGCUCAAGAGAACUCAACACUUUCAGAAGGUAAUGAGGAGCCUCAGCCACCUUGUCCUUAUCCCGGCUCUCCCUGAAGCCUUGCUGCUGCCUUAACUGGCAGAAACACAAACACAUUUCCUUUUGGCUUAGAUCCAUGAACAUUUGAGAAAAAAAAAAAAAAAAAAAAAAAAAAAAAAAAGAAAAAAAAAAGAGUUAAAUUCUGGUGCUUAAUUACAGCUUUAUGGAUAUUUCUUAUCAGCUCACAGUUAAUGGCAUCUUUGUUCUCCAGUGAAAGGUUAAUAGCUCUAUCUGCCCAGCACUCAUCAGAAAUAGAAUCUAUCUAAUCUCCAGAUUAAGCAUGAGGCAACCAGCAGGUGAGCCCAAAGGUGAAUCUGCCAAAGGAUGAAAGUCACUUGUGAGCUGCUUCAGGGAAAAGGCUUGAGGAACUGAUUGAGUGUCAAGGCCUCCGUGGCCACUGAAGGAGUCUCACACAAACAGUCCUCAGGAUUUUUCUCCCUACAGUAAUACACAGUAAGGCUAUCGCCUCUUGUUUCCCAGGAGCUGCUGAGCAAUUAACCUCCUCACCCACCAUUCAGUCCAGAGAAGAGUUAUUUGUCCUCUCCAGCCUAGGUGUCUCACCUGCAAUGAGAUCCUAUCUCAUGCCCCAGCUGCCCAGACUGUGACUUUGCCCAUUUCCCCAUCAUUCAGUUAUCUUCACCUUAAUGAACCCGCCCUGCUCUGAUGACACAUCCCACACCCAACCCCUUCCAGAUUCUCAAGGAGGUGAAUCCUUCUGUUCUCACCCUUCCUUAUUCCUUUGCCAUAUCAUGUCUGAAAGUGUUUAAAGUUGUUCU